AUGCCUAUAUUAUCUGGGGUCCAACAUGUUCCAGCACGGAUUGUGUCACCCGCAGAGCUACUUUCCCGUGCGAGGUUAGGGUUGGUGAUUUUUUGGUAUACAGAAACAUGGGAGGUAAGAGCUCGCGCGGCAUAUACUUCAGCUACAGCGACACGCUUUAACGGAUUCUCCAGUCAAGCAGGUACUAUCUACAUUUGUAGACGUUCCAAGAAUUACGCGCAAGCUGAAGAAUGCAGUAGUGGGGAGGAAGAUUGCUCGAAAAUGGCGAAUGCAUUUAAAACUCCUACAGUCGAAUUAUAA